AUGGCAAUUAUAGAGGAACAACCUGUUGCUGCAAAUGUCCUUGGUUUAAUUCCACAAAUCUGGUCAAAUUGGAAGACCAAAGACACAGAUGGCUUCCCACCUGCCAUGGUCUUUUUAUGGGCUAUUGCCGCAGUCCCCAUCGGCACAUAUGCCAUCGUCCAACACUUCAAUACACCACUCCAGAUCCAGCCUCAGCUCCUCUGCACGUUGUCGCUCAUAUCAUGGGUUCAGAUCCUCGUCUACGGAAAUGGAUGGUCUUGGUUUAAAGCUUCCGUCUAUGGGAUAACCACAGCCGCCAUCUUUGGAGGCGCGCAGGCGGUAUUGAUCCUCACGCUGAGACCCCUCUACAACCGCGGCAUCGACUACCCCAUGAUAAUCGUCGGCGUCAUCGCCUCCAUCCUCGUCGCCAUCGGCCUCCUCCCACCCUACUACGAGAUGUGGAAGCGCCGCGGCCGCGUCGUCGGCAUAAGCCUCUGGUUCAUCUUCAUCGACCUCCUCGGCGCCUUCUUCUCCCUCAUGGCACUGGUCGCCCAACACGACUUCGACAUCCUCGGCGGCAUCCUCUACAUCGCCGUCAUAAUCCUCGAACUCGGCAUCCUCGGCUCCCACGGCAUCUGGCUCGUGCGCACACGCCGCGUCCACCGCGCCGCUGCAUUGGAGGGGAAGACUUUCGAUGACGUCCUUGAGGAGAAGGCGCACGCUGGGACGACGUGGAAGUUUUCUGAGCGGCGAUCCUACUGUGGCGGCUGA